GAGGGCGAGGUGAGGGCCUGAGCUGGGCUCCCGAUGGCGCCUCGGACGGCGCCGCCCCGGGCAGUGGCGCCGCCACCGGCGCCGCUGCCGAUGGCGCCUCCCCGGGAGGCCGCCAGCGCCGCCGGCGUCGGCGCCGCCCCCGACGAAGGCGCUUGGAGGGCAGCGGCCGCCUGGCCCUCGAGCACCGCGUGCUCCAGCGGCGCGGCCAGGGUGCAGGCCCCCGCUUCGACGGCCACAGCGGGGGAGGCCGCUGGCGAUUACGCCUGGCGCUCCGAGGACGGCCAGGUCGAGGCCCUCCUGCGCCUCCGCGAGAACGGCCAGUGGUGGCAUGCCGUCCACCGCCAGGCGAGGGAGCGCGGACGCGUCGUGCACCGCGGCGAGUCCCAGCCCGAGCCCAACCGGCAGGAAGAGAACAACGUGUGGCGCGCGUACAAGGACUUCUCGCGGGGGGCCACCGACUCCGCCUCCGACGAGGCCCAGCGCCGGCGAUUCUUCGGGGAGUACGAGGACGUCUCGGUGUGGGAGAUCGUCGAGGCCCUUGGCUGCUGGCAGCAGGUGGAGCCCGCGCAGGGCUGCGCGCCCGAGACGUCUGGAGCCCUGCUGCUCACGUGCGACAGCUGGCACAUCAGGUCCAGCCACCCGUCGGCGCCGGCGGUCUUCCGACCGACGGAGGAAGGGCGCAAGGAGAUCGACGCGAUGAUGGAGGCAGGUCAGCUGCUCCUCUGCUACGUGCUGGGGGACGCGGGCGCUGGAACGCGCUCGCUCGAGCUGCAGGCCCACUUCGAGGCCGCGCCCCCGCAGGCCGCCGUGCCCAGCGUGCCGAGGGGCGUCGGCCAGCCCCCGGCGCGGCGCCCGCCACGGCGCGGCCUGCAGCUGGCGUUCCAGGCGCUGGGCUUCGCCAGGCGCUACCAGCGCGGCGCGGCGGGGCACCCGCUGGCCGCCGGCUGAUGGCCCCGCCGCCGCCGGCGGGAAACCAAAGAAGAGGGUCAGUGGCCUGCCUUUUCUCAGGCAAGCUUCUAGGCCACGAGGACCCGAAGCGUCACAAGAAGGCCCGCUCCUCCUCACCUCCCCCCCGGGCGCACCGCGCAGCGUCGGCCGCCGGCGCGCGCUGCGCCCGGUGGCUGGUGCCCUGCCACGGAGGCCGA